AUGGAAAAUGAAAUUGUUGACUUCUUGAAUGAACCCAAGCCCAUGACCAUGGAGAAAGCUCUUCCUAUGGUUGAUGGUACUUGGUUUGAAGAAGAGAUUGAUGAUGAUCUGAAAUGGUCUUUUGCUUUAAAGAGUGUGCUGCACAUUGGAAAAAGUGAGUACCAAGAUAUUGCCCUCUUGGACAGCAAACAUUUUGGGAAGGUAUUGAUUAUAGAUGGGAAAAUGCAGAGUGCAGAAAGGGAUGAAUUCAUAUAUCAUGAAUGCUUAAUUCAUCCACCUCUCUUAUGUCAACCUAACCCCAAAAGCGUGUUCAUAAUGGGAGGUGGUGAAGGGUCUGCUGCAAGGGAAGCUCUCAGACACAAAUCUGUGGAGAAAGUGGUAAUGUGUGACAUUGAUCAGGAGGUUGUGGAUUUCUGCCGAAAGCAUCUGACAGCGAACUUUGAGGCUUUUCAAAACAAGAAGCUUGAUUUAGUCAUCGACGAUGCAAAAGCUGAACUGGAGAAAAGGGAAGAGAAAUUUGAUGUGAUAGUUGGGGAUUUGGCUGAUCCAGUAGAAGGAGGACCUUGUUACCAACUCUAUACAAAAUCAUUCUAUGAAAAUAUACUCAAGCCUAAGCUCAAUGACAAUGGUGUCUUUGUUACUCAGGCUGGUCCGGCAGGGAUUUUCACUCACAAGGAGGUAUUUUCGUCAAUUUACAACACAAUCAAGCAAGUGUUCAAAUAUGUGCAUGCAUACACAGCUCAUGUACCUUCUUUUGCUGAUACAUGGGGCUGGGUUAUGGCCUCUGACCAACCAUUCUGUCUUGAUGCUGGAAAACUAGACAAGAAGAUUGCAGAAAGAAUUGAAGGGGAGCUUUUAUAUCUGAAUGGUUCUUCAUUCAUAGCUUCCACCGUCUUGAAUAAGACUGUUGCCUUAACGCUGAAGAAUGAGACUCACGUUUACACAGAAGAAGAUGCAAGGUUCAUCCAUGGACAUGGGAUAAAUUGGCUCAAGAAAUCAAUACCUUUUAUAUAG